AUGCUCCUGAGCUGUGAGCGGAGUUCGAGGAGUCUGGACCAGGAAUCUCCUCCUAAGAAGCGAAGGCAGCAGCACAGUUUUGCCUCCAGCUCCCAACUACUGACUGCAAAGCGAGUGCCCACCUCUCUGCAGAGCAAGAGCAGUGACAUUGAGAACACUGUCUUCUAUAUCCCUGGAGUGGAUGUUAAGCUGCAUUACAAUUCUAAAAUGCUGAAGACUGAUUCGCCCAAUGCCUCGCGUGGAUCGUCCCUUCCCAGAACCUUUUCCAAAGAGUCCAAGCUGUAUGGUAUGAGAGAUGCACCCACACCAGCAACCUCAGGCCCUGGCAAGACUUACACACUCCUCUUCCCCCCCUCCCCCUCCUCUCCCUUCAGCCAAAGGUAAAGCAAGUGUAGGGGUGAAGACGGCUAAGCUGUAUGCAUGGGUAGCUCUGCAGACACUGCCAGAGGAAAUGGUCAUCAGUCCAUGUCUGCUAGACUUCCUGGAGAAAGCACUGGAGACCAUUCCCAU